AUGCCAAAAAAUUAUUUGGAUAUAUCUUGGACUUAUGAGUAUAUAACAUCACAAGAUCUGACUCAAUUUAGUUUUGAUACUGGAAUUAAUGGCGACAUUUAUUUUACUUUAAGUUUGUCAAAAUAUCACCAAGUUAACGUAGUUUUGACAAUUUCCCAAGAUAAUCUUUGUUUUUUCUUGACAACUGACUUUUUGACGAGGAUAACUUAUUCAUCUAAUCUUUGUCGAAUUAUUAAUGCUCCAACAUCACGUCCUGCUCAAGACUGUAUUGAGAAUUGUGAAUUGUACAAUAGUACGAAAUCACCAUUGUCGAUGAGUGAGAAAUAUAAUCUUUUAUUAACGGAUGUGGCUGAUAAUGAAUUUGGGUCAAUAUCAGAUGCAUUGAACAAAACAACGUUAGCAAUACAAAGGACAAAUAGAGAUUUUCAUGGUGCUGGUUUGACUGAACGUUAUCGAUCUGAUGCGAAUACAGGUGAUUUGUUAUGA